AGGAUGGAAUAUUUGCCGGACUCUAACGCCAGGUAUAAAGAUGUUAAUUACUGGAAUGAGCGGUACUCGACUGAGGAGAGCUUCGAGUGGUUCGGGGACUUCACUAAAUUUGAACAUCUGCUCAAAUAGCACGUGGGAACGGAAGAAAACAUUUUGAUGCUAGGUUGUGGUAAUAGUGCUCUGAGCUAUGAUAUGUACCAGGCUGGCUACACCUCCAUCACUAAUGUGGAUUACUCCAGCAUUUGUGUGGAGAGUAUGGCGGAGAGACACAAGGACUGUGCUCAGCUCAGCUGGCUGUGCAUGGAUGCCCGGCGACUGGCCUUCCCUGAUGGUGUGUUUGAUGUGGUUUUGGAGAAAGGAACUCUGGAUGCCAUGCUGGUGGAGGAGAGCGACCCGUGGAAGGUCUCUGAGAAUGCUGCCAAACUGCUGCACCAGGUUCUCUUGGAGGUCAGUCGUGUUUUGAAACCUGGUGGCCGUUUCAUCUCUGUCACAUUUGCGCAGCCACAUUUUCGUAAGAGACUCUACGCUCGAGCAGAGUACAACUGGUCUAUCAAGCACUAUCACUAUGGCAGCAGCUUUCACUACUUCAUGUAUGUUCUCACCAAAGGGGAGGAGCUUAGCCCAGAGGACGCUGCAUUGGAGAGGAGACUGCUCAAGGAAGCUGAGGCUCCACCCACCGAUGUAAACUUUCAGGAAGUGGAUUCUGAGGACUUCCUGAAUAACAUUGGAUUAUAGGGACAUGUGCAGCAUCUGUCAAUCAAAAGACUGCUGACAGAAGUUGUACAGACAUUUUUAUUGUUUUGUUUUUUCUUAUGCUCCAAUCCUUUAAAGGAACACUUCACCCAAAAAUUACACUUCAAUUUUUUUUAUGUUAUUAAUAUUAUUAUUAUUAUUAUUAUUAUUAUUAUUAUUAUUAUCAUUUCCUCUCCCUCAGGUUGUUCCAAAUUCAUUUGAUUUAAUUUCUUUCGUGGAACAAAAAAAUUUUUGGUUGUUUUUGGAGCUAGACAUGGCCCGUCUCUUUUCACUUUUCCAUUCACUACUUAUGUGUUCCAGGGAAGAAAGUAAGUCAUAGAGGUUUGGAACAACAUGAGGUUGGUGAUGUUGAGUACAGUAUUCCUCUGAAAUUAGACAAAACACAGCAAUUUCCCCUCUGAGAUCCUGUAAUAUUUUCAAAUGGCAUGUUUGACUUUUAUGCCACUCUAUACUGGUUUAAAGUUGGUUCAAUACUUGGACUUUUAGUAUCUUUUAUAUUUAAAAAAAAAAAAAUACAUUUUACUAUGCUUUUUUAGGAUUCUUGAUGUGAAUUUGUACUCUGUUCUGCAGUUUCUCUCUCUCUUUCACUCUCUCUCUGGCCUAUUUCUCUGUGCAGUUGUCUUGAUUGGUAUGACAAGGUUGAGUGCUUGACACCUGCACACUUGUGCAGAGACAAAUCUGUCACAAAUGCUUCUCAAACAAAUAAACAGACAGACAGAAAACAAACAGCCCUGCUGUGUGCCAGAAUAUGA